CGUUCUUCUGGUUCCCUGCAGAGCAGCCAGAGCCAGCUCGGAUGCUGGAGUAGUUUCUCUGGGAAGUCAUGUUAAUGCACAGCCUAUUUUUCUUCACUUUUGGACUAAUAUUUACUGGAAACCCUUUCUGGAUAAAAGCUGUCUCCUCUGAACAGAAGUCCAGACUUUCUACAUUAGAAAUAAUCAUUCCUCGAAGUCUGACAGGCAGAGAGAAACAUCCCCCAUUUUCUCAUGAGGAGCAUUCAGAUGACAAUCUUUCUUACUCAGUUAAAACCAGAAAUGGAACAUACCUCCUAAAACUGAAGAAAAAUAAAAAACUUCUCAGUGACGACUUUAAGCUGUACACAUAUGGGGAAAAUGGGAAACUGCAGGCAACACCAUCCAAAAAUGAGACACACUGUUAUUAUCAUGGCACUGUUGAAGGAAUUGCUGACUCCACACUUGCUCUUAGCAUAUGUGAUGGCCUUAGGGGAAUUCUCUACAUUGGAGGCAGAUGGUACGGAAUGGAGCCCCUCAACACAUCCAGCACAUUUGAACAUGUUCUUUAUGAACUGGAAGAUGUGCAGGGUAUCCCCUUCCACUGUGGGGUGCUGAAUGGCAGCCUGGAGCAUGAGAAGCAGUCUGUGAAAUACACAUUUUCAUCAAACAGCUCCUCCAGCAGGGACAGCCUCCUGAGGGAGAAGCGAGCUGUCCUGCCCCAGAAAAGUUAUGUAGAAUUAUUUGUGGUUGUGGAUCACAACAGGUUUUUGAUGAAGAAUUCUGAUCCUGCUGCAGUGCAAAAGGAAACAGUGGAGCUGAUUAAUUAUGUUGAUGGGAUGUAUAGAGCAUUAAACAUCCAGAUUGUUUUGGUUGGAUUAGAGAUUUGGACAGAUGCCAACCACAUAUCUGUAAUGGAUGGUUCAGCUGGAGAUGUGCUGAGUAGAUUUGUUUCUUGGAGACAGAAAGAUCUUCUGAAGCGCUCAAGAAAUGACGUUGGUCACCUCAUAAUAGGGAGAAACUCUUUCAGUGGAUCCAUUGGAAUGGCUUUUGUGGGUACUGUGUGCUCACAUGUCCAGGGAGGGUCAAUCAGCACUCUGAAUCAUAACAACAUGUUACGUCACGCCACAGUAGUUGCACAUGAACUGGGGCACAAUCUUGGGAUGAAACAUGAUGAUAAGAGGUGUCCUGCAUCCUAUAUCAUGCACAGCACAGAUAAUGGAUCCAGGAAUUUCAGCACCUGUAGCGCUGAUGAUUUUGAGGCCUUUAUUCUGAAUGGAGGAGGAAACUGCCUUAGAAAUCCUCCCAAAACGAGUAAUGUGUACAAAGAACCUGUCUGUGGUAAUAAUGUGGUCGAUAACAAUGAAGAAUGUGACUGUGGCAAACCACAGGAAUGUUCCAACCCCUGCUGUGAUGCUGCAACCUGCAAGCUCACACCUGGCUCACAAUGUGCCCAAGGACUGUGCUGCAAAAACUGCAAGUUCAGAGUGGCAGGAGCAGAGUGCAGAGCAAAACAAGAUGUCUGUGAUCUCCCUGAGUACUGCAAUGGAAGCACUGCCUACUGCCCAGAUGAUGUUUACAUCAUGAAUGGUCACCCAUGCAGCAACAGCAAGGCUUAUUGCUACUACGGGGUGUGCCAGAGCUUUGAUUCACAGUGUGAAUCUAUCUAUGGGAAAGGGGCACGAAAAGCACCUGAUAUAUGCUUUGAAAAAGCAAAUAUUAAAGGAGAUAGGUUUGGAAACUGUGGAAUGAAAGGUGGAGUGUACAAGAAAUGCCCUGUCCAGCACAGUCUGUGUGGGAAGCUCCAGUGCACAUCUGUCAGCCUUCAAAACCUUCCAGCCUGGAGUGUUGUCAAUAACGCAUCUGGGGUUUUAUGCUGGUCCUCUGACUUUGACUUAGGAUCAGAUAUCCCUGAUCCUGCUCAAGUCCAUGAUGGGACAGCCUGUGGAGAGAACAAGGCCUGUGUAGGUUUUGAGUGUGUUGAUGCAAGAUAUCUGGGCUACAGCUGUGAUGUAAAGCAGAAGUGUAAUAAUAAUGGGGUGUGUAACAACAACGGGAAUUGCCACUGCAAUCCGGGAUGGGCCCCUCCAUUCUGCAACCAGUCUGGCUACGGUGGCAGUGUUGACAGUGGCCCAGCUCACACAGAUACAUCACUUCGGGAUGGGCUCCUGAUUUUCUUCUUCCUUGUGCUGCCUGUAGCCAUCCUCACUGCAGUAGCAGUGUUUAAGCGUGAUGCAAUAAGGAGAAAACUUUGCAGGAAAAGCAGAGGACAGCACAGGAAUAACAGUGGGCAGGAACCAAAGCAAGGAAACAGAGCAAGUCAUGAAACGGGAAAUAAUCAGCCUGCCUCAUCGAGUCGCAAUAUUUUUACCAUAUUGCAUUUUCCUGGUACAAGGCAGCCAGUCCAAACCCAGCUUCCUGCAGCUUCCUCAGGACCUCAACGACCCCCAGUCCCACCUAGACCAGUUGUCUGAAAUGUUUCUUGGGAACCCUCAAUCAAUUCUGACAAGUAACUGGCCUG